AUGUUGUUCCUUUACCUCUUCCUCACUUGUGCGCCCUUAUUGGCCCAUGCCUUGGCAUCCCUCCCUCCUCGUACAUCGCCUCCGCCUAAUGCUCUUGUCGUCCGUGUAAACACGACGGACUCGAGCGAGUUCGGUUCUCUCAUUGACGCAGUGGCCGCUCUGCCUACCGAUGAAUCAUCACAGAUUGUCUUCGUUUUCCCAGGCAUUUAUCAGGGCCAGGUGAAUAUACAGCGAAGUGGACCCGUGACCGUUCAAGGCUACACGACCAACCCGUCAUCCGUUUCCGAAAACACUGUUACGCUUGUUGAUUCCAUUCCAGCUUCGGCAGUUGGAGGCUCUAACGAUCUAUCAGGGACGCUCCGUAUUCACACUGACAACGUGUCCCUCUACAAUCUCGACAUUCGGAACGACUUCGGCGUUGGCUCCCAGGCCAUCGCUUUGAGCAACUACGGCGAUCAGGUUGGUGUCUAUGCCUGUGGCUUGUUUGGGUAUCAGGAUACCUUGUUAUCCAAUCAGGGGAGACAGGUAUAUUUAGGCGGUUGGAUAGAGGGAGCAGUUGACUUUAUCUUUGGAAGACUAGGUCAGGCAUAUUUUGAGAGUAAUACGAUCGCCGUCAAAGGUCCAGGAUCCAUCACUGCCAGUGGCCGGGAAGCAGAUAAUGCUCAGAUAUAUAUCUUCAACGAGAAUCAAGUCGUCUUAGCUCCGGAUGCCAAUAUGACCAAGCCCGUUGUAGCGUUCCUCGGUCGACCGUGGGGAGACUUCGCCCGCGUCAUCUUCAAGUCGACAUAUGUGACUGCUACACUUAAUCCCGGCAUCUGGUCCAUCUGGGACCCAGGUGACAAUCGUACCGACAAUGUCUUCAUGGCAGACUGGAAUACGACUGGGCCGGGAGUUCCAGCUGAUGCUACACGCUUGGAUUGGGUCACGAUUCUCGAUGCGACAGAAGCGGCGGCCUUCAACAUCUCGACUGCUGUAGGAGACGACUUCGCGAAUUGGGUAGAUAUGGAAUUCUUGUUGUGA